CAAUCGUGAAGGUGGCAGUGUUACGUCAAGUUUUUCUCAGCUGCAAUAUCGUAUUUUAUAUAAGAUAAAAAUUGUAAAAAAGGAAAAACAUGGAGAUAAUUUAAUGACACGUCAUAAUAUUAAAGAUACAGUGGAUUUUUAAUAUAUAUCCUUGAAAUCUCAGUGACUAAAGUUAUUCGAUGAAGUUGACAUAUGAAUAAGGUUAGAAUUCGCUUCAAAACCAAAAUCAAAUUUGGAAAGGACAAGUAUCUUUCUUAACAAGUAUUAUCAGAAUACAUUAUAAAAAGAAGAUAUUUAAUAGAACCAGUGAAAUACAUUUUCAACGGUGUGUCUGCUGAAAAUCGUUUAGCAGCUGGCCAGUUAAUAGUACAAUUUCAAAUGCAAUGAAAAUAAACGAGAAAAACAUGGUAGCUUUCGCGACUUCGGCAACACCAGUAGAUCGUGAAGGUUGGUUAAAUAAACGCGGGGAAUUAAAUCGAGGCUAUCAAAGAAGAUGGUUCGUUCUUAAAGGAAACAUAUUAUUUUAUUUCGAUCGACGAGGUGACAAGGAGCCAAUAGGUAUGAUAGUUCUUGAAGGUUGUACCAUUGAACUAGCCGAGGAUGAAGAACAAUUUGGCUUUCAAAUUGUAUUUCACGGUCCAAACAACAGGAACUAUGCGCUCGCAGCAGAAUCUCAGGAAUCUAUGGAGCAGUGGAUGAAAGCUUUGGCAUGCGCUAGUUACGAUUAUAUGAAGUUAAUGGUAGCGGAAUUACAAAGACAGUUAGACGCGGCAGAGGAAGAAACAACGAUGGUAACGGUGCCUUCUCAAUCGCCUAAAGCACCCCCUAGGCAGCGACAUAACCCUUUUAACAGAUCAGAAAUGCAUCAUCGUUCGCAAAGCGUUAGAUCUGCGCCUGGCAGAACAGAAAAUAUCCCAAGGACGAGGAUAACGUUCCGCGAACUGCACACUAUGUACGGCAGAAGAAUUUUGGCGGAUUUAAACGAAUGGAGGCAUACGAGAAAAGCUGCGGAGGCUCCGUUGAUUAGUUUUUAAUUACGCCUCGUAUGAUUUAUAAUCUGUAAAUAUUUAACGGGAAAUACGAGUCGGUACUUAUCGAACAUUAUUCGAACGUAUCAUUUAUUUUUGUAACAGUAAAACUGGCGAACGAAAUAUUCCGGUCGCUGUUAGAACGUCGAGAAAUUAUCGCGAUCGUAGGUAUAACGAAAAAUGUACUCGAAUUACGAACGUUUACAUGUUUAACCCAAAGCGUAAGUAACAUAAGUGGAAGUAAUCGUGUACAAAUAUUACGAGACGUUACAAAUAGACAAUUAUUAUUUAAGUAAGAAAACUUGAAUCGCAAGUCGUCGUACGUAUACGUUGCGGUUAACUAAAUAACAUGAACCAAAUACAGAAUAAUAGGAAUACCAGUUUGCUCGAAUGAAAUGCUUGAUAAUGCGCACCAAUCUUUUGUAUUAAAUAUUUUAUUGGAAUACUGAUUUUUUGUGUAAAUUAAAAACUGAUUAAAGUAGACAAACAAUGUAGAAUACAGACUACUUAAACUUAAA